AUGGCCGUGUUGAACACCAACCCCGAGAUUCUCCUUAAGAAGAGAAAGGACAAGGACAGAAAGCGAUUAGAAAAGCAAGAGCAGGCCAUUGAAAGAGAGUUAAAGCAAAAGAUACAGAAGAAGAAACAACGGUCCAAGUUUAUUAGAGCAGAAACAUUGAUAUCGAACCAUAAAUCCAAAGAACUCGAAUCUAAGAGAAUCAAGAACAUCACCAAGCAUGAACAAAGAAUAAGCCAUGACGACACUACCACUACCACAGCCCAAUUACUCUUUGUCAUCAGAGUUCCAGAUCAUACUAAGGGAUUAAAAAUUCCUUCCAAAGCUAAGAAGGUAUUGGACUUGUUGAAGUUGAACAAGCCAAACACCGGUGUGUUUGUGAAGUUGACGUCUACCGUCGAGCCUUUGUUGAAGCUUGUUAACCCAUAUAUUGUUUGCGGAACACCUUCUUUACAAACAGUCAGAACCUUGUUUCAAAAGAGAGCUACUAUCAAAACAGUAGACGAAGAAACCGGGGCUACAAAGACUGUCAAGUUGGAUAACAACCAAGUAGUUGAAGAUGUCUUUGGUACUGAAUACGGUUGGAUCUGUAUUGAAGAUUUGGUCCAUGAAUUGGUAUCUCUUGGUGAUAACUUUAAGGUUGUCUCUCAUUGGUUAGUUCCUUUCUCCUUGAACUUGCCAGUGUCCGGUUGGGGCCCUCAAGCCAAGUUGGCCAGAUUACAACUUGCUUCUGCUAAUGAAAGAAAAGUUAGUUUGGCAGGUAACGUUCUGUUGGCUCAAAUUGACAUUGAUAAAAUCAUUGAAGACCAGAAUUAG